CAUCCCUGCGUGAUGCGCCCAUAGCGUGCCGGUCCAACCGUUUCGACUCGCCAGAACGUCCCUCACUCCCCACGACGGAUCGCACACCUCCCGGAGAGGGAAUUCCCCCGGCACUUAUGAGUGCUCAUGCCUCCAUGCCGGGGGUUCUGCCCUCACACCGACCGAAAGAUGCCGCUGGUGUACCCCGGACACCGGUAGCCUCGGGGAAGGAGCCCGCCGUCUGUCCAACAGACGACGAGGCGCAAGUCCCGCGCAAAACGGCCAAGGAUAAGCGAAGCUUCGACUAUGUCUGGAAGUCCGGUGUUGCAGGAGGCAUGGCGGGAUGCGCGGCCAAAACGAUUGUCGCGCCGCUCGACCGAGUCAAGAUUCUGUUCCAGUCCCACAAUCCACACUUUGUAAAAUACACGGGGUCGUGGUAUGGCGUUGGGGGGGCGAUGAAGGAGAUUUAUCUCCAAGAUGGACCGGUGGGGUUAUUCAGAGGACACUCGGCUACCUUGUUGAGGAUAUUUCCCUAUGCGGCGAUCAAGUUCGUCGCGUACGAGCAGAUCCGCGCCGUUGUCAUCCCCCGAAAGGACAAUGAGACGCCAUUCCGACGGCUUAUCAGUGGUGCCAUGGCGGGGGUGACAUCGGUUUUCUUCACCUACCCCCUAGAAGUCGUCCGAGUACGGCUUGCGUUCGAAACAAAAAAGGAGGGCCGGUCGUCACUGCGGUCAAUAUGCAAACAAAUAUACCACGAGGGGCAAUUACGGAAAUCGGCAGCGCCCGCAGUCGAUUCGGCUGGUGCGUCUGUCUCAACGGUUCGCGGUGCGGCCGCCACCGUCGCAGCGGUAGCGCCGGCAGUAGCGCAAAAGUCCGGGCUCGUCAACUUCUACCGUGGCUUCUCCCCGACGCUCCUGGGCAUGCUCCCGUACGCCGGCAUGUCCUUCCUCACCCACGAUACCGCGGGCGACUUGCUCCGCCUCCCCGAGAUCGCUCAGUACACGACACUGCCCAAGCCGGCAAACCACCCGGCAGGCAAACCUGCACCGCUCCGUUACUGGGCCGAGCUGCUUGCGGGCGGCGUUGCGGGAAUGGUGUCGCAGACGGCGUCAUACCCGCUGGAGGUGAUCAGGAGGCGGAUGCAGGUCGGCGGUGCCGUCGGCGACGGCCACCGGAUGCGCAUCGGCGAGACGGCCCGGCUGAUCAUGCGGGAGCGCGGCUUCCGGGGCUUCUUUGUGGGGUUGACGAUUGGCUAUGCCAAAGUGAUACCCAUGGCAGCUGCGGCUUUCUACACGUACGAGCGGCUAAAGAUGUUGUUUGGCAUUUAGAAUAUAGGGUUUUUUUCUUUCUUUAUUUCUCCGAAGCACAUGAGCGGCGUUUGGGCGGUUGUUGUGUAUCGAAGGCCGCUUGGCUCUAGCAUCAUUCAAGACAAUAGAUCCUUUAUUUUGACUCA